UGAUCGGAGUUUGGUUGAAAUUCUUACAUCCCUAAAUUUCAUCUCUCUCUCUAAUCCAACAAAUCUUAUUCAUUACUAUAGUAGGUCUCCUUUCAAUUCUUUGUUUCAGUUUCCUAAUUAACUAGUCAAAACUCAUCGUUAAUAGGGUUCUUAGUCAAAUUCUUUCGAAACGGAAUCCAUCUGAUUUGAACGACGGUCGUUGUUGCAUUAGCCAGAGUUGAUUAACUCUCUGUUCAUAGAGGUUAUCGAUUGAAGCUUCUCAGGUUCUUACAGUCGUUUCAUACAUGGGUUUCUUUCCCUGGUUUUAUUUUCUCAUCACUGCUUAAGCAAUGCCCAAAUUGGGAUUAUUUUUUCUUUAUUUCAAGAUUUUUUCAAUUCUUUUCUAAUUGGAUUAGGCUAUCAAUAAUAUCCCAAUAGAAUAUUUUUUCUAAAGAAAGUCAUUCAUUGAGAGAAUAAUUUGAUCAGGGGUAUCUCAAAUUUUUAUUGAGUUUGUGGAUUGAUUUUUGCUUUUGUUAAUAAUGGUUAGUGUGAAUCUGGGUAUGCUUCACCAUGUAAUAGAUCAUAUAUAUGGUGCAUUUGUUCAUAGAACAAAAUUGACAGCACCAUUUUUUUCAAGAGGAUGGGGUGGUAAUCAACUUGUUCACCUUGAAGCCAUGAUCAAUCAACUUUUCCCGGAUGCUGUUGCUCAAAAUUGGCCACCUAAACUAAUUCAACCAAUGUGGAGAACUAUUUGGGAGACAAAGAAUGCUUGUCUCAGAGAAGGUGUUUUUAGAACUCCUUGUGAUCAACAGUUGAUUGAUGCAUUGCCUCCAGAGAGUCACAAUGCUAGGGUAGCUUUUCUUAUGCCAAAAUCAGUUCCGCCACAUCAGAUGUCUUGUGUAGUUCAUCUUGCAGGCACGGGUGACCAUACUUUUCAUCGAAGGUUGCGUCUUGGUGGCCCAUUGUUGAAGGAGAACAUAGCAACCAUGGUACUUGAGAGCCUUUACUAUGGGCAAAGACGUCCUAUUUUGCAGCGUGGGGCAAAGCUUCUCUGUGUAAGUGACUUGCUUAUGUUGGGAAGGGUCACCAUUGAAGAAGCUCGCAGCCUGCUGUACUGGUUAGAAGCUGUAGAAGGGUUUGGAAAGACUGGUGUAUGUGGACUUAGCAUGGGGGGGGUACAUGCUGCAAUGGUAGGAUCUCUGCACCCUACACCAGUUGCCACAUUUCCAUUUCUCUCUCCACACUCUGCAGUGGUUGCCUUCUGUGAAGGGAUAUUAAAGCAUGCAACUGCUUGGGACGCUCUAAGGGAAGAUUUAGCAGUGCAGCAAGCUGCAAUGACCCUUGAAAAAGUAAGAGAACGGCUGCGAACUGUAUUAUCGCUUACUGAUGUGACACGAUUUCCGAUACCCAAAAAUCCUGAAGCCACUAUAUUUGUGGGCGCCACUGAUGACGGCUACAUUCCAAACUAUUCAGUAUUAGAGCUUCAGAAGGCUUGGCCAGGUUCAGAAGUGAGAUGGGUUACAGGUGGGCACGAAUCAUCUUUCAUCUUUCACAACAACGCAUUUAGGAAAGCAAUCGUGGAUGGGUUCAAUAGGUUACCAACGAAAGAAUCUUUCACCUUGUGACAAAAGUGACCACAAGCGCAGGUGAAGAUUAUUCCAUGAUACUGUCAAUCUUCGCGCUGUUUACUGCUCUAAACUGUAACAUGAAAAGUACAGUCGAUCAACCAUAUCAACACCCCAAAUAAUAAUUAGGAGAGAAUGGGGUUGUUUUGGUUUCCUUGUACAUCACAAAGAAAGUCCCCUCAUAUUAUAGGGAAUUGAAUAUACAUGAAGUUUAAUGAACAUGAUUUUAACAGGCCAAAAAACACAAACUGGUAAUGUUUUAUGAUCAAGUAUUAAUCUUUCCAGUG